UAAGUGCCAAAUGAAUGUUAGUUAUUAUUAUUGUUGUUAUUACUUCUCUGUGAAGAUUGUAAACUCUUUGAGUGAUAGUUACUAGCUGUGUAAAUCUGGACAGACCACUUAACCUCUCUUUGCCUCAGUUUCUUUAUCUGUAAAAUGGGAAUAAGUACAAGGUCUAUCUCCCAAGAUUAAAGUGAGAAGUGAGAUAAUUAUAAAAUAUCUAGCCCAUAGUAAGUGCCAAAUAAAUGAUGAUGAUAAUAAUGAUUAUUAUUAUUACUUCUCUGGUAGAUUGUAAACUGAAUGAUAGCUACUAGCUGUGUGAACCUAGACAAGCCACUUAACCUUCCUUUGCCUCAGUUUCCUUAUCUGUAAAAUGGAGAUAAGUACAAGGUUUACCUCCCAAGGUUAAGGUGAGAGGUGAGGUAAUUGUAAAACACUUAGCAUACAGUACGUGCCAAAUAAAUGCUAGUUAGUAUUAUUUUUAUUGCUUCUCGGUGUAGAUUAUUAACUCUUUCGGGACAGAAACUGAGUCACUCUCGUGCUUGUAAACUGCCACAGUGCCCGGGGUCCAGCAGGUGCGGAAUAAACAUUUGUUGAGUCGCCUUCGAUUUUUCUCCUUGCUCCUCGGAUCUGGCCGGGAGAGGUCAUUCGGAGGAAAGGCUGGGGAUCCAACCUCACAGUUAGUUUCGUUGACCAGGAGCUUCCCAUCUAGUCCUGGGUGUAUUUCUGUUCCCGCUCCCACAUGUCCCAGGGGAAAAAUCCUCCUCCUCUUCCCCCCUCCCCCAAGCUCGGCUAAGAUUUCCCGCCACUCGGCAGUGUGCGCGCGGGGGAGGGGAAUGGGGUUAUUUCCAUUUCCAUUCACAGAUCUCCCGGCACCACACUUUGUGUCCGGACGCGGAGCGCUAUUGAUGUCCCACAUCAGUGGGCAGCCAGUUCCCAGCUUUUCCAAGGCCAGGUUCCCUCCACUCUCUCUCUCUUGCCACAGAGUCCCCACCUGCUCGGGGUCGGGAGGGGGAGAGGGGGAGCGUCAUUAUCCGCGGCCUAUUCAGCCGGGCCCCGAGCACACAAGAAGAGAUGCUUCUCUUAUUGUCCAGCCCUGCCUUCUGAUUGGUCGGCGAGUGUGGGAAAGUCAGCGAGGCCAGAGCCCCACAGAUCCCAGGCCAGGCGGACUGGAUAAAUACGGGAGCGGUGGAGCGGCGGCCAGUUCAGCCAGCCGCGCUGCUUACCUUCCUCCUACUCUCGCCGUCUCUACCAGCAGCCCCAUGGCCCCCAGCACAGACUUCAUGGAGCAUAGCUCCCUGCUGACUCCCAAAGAGAAAAACAAACUGAGGAAGCCGGUGGUGGAGAAGAUGCGCCGGGACCGCAUCAACAGCAGCAUCGAGCAGCUGAAACUCCUGCUGGAGAAGGAAUUCCAGAGACACCAGCCCAACUCCAAGCUGGAGAAGGCUGACAUCCUGGAGAUGACCGUCAGCUACCUGAAGCAGCAGAGCCACCUGCAGGGCAAAGCUCCAGGUUCUCUCCCUAGAAGCCUGCAGACCGACUUCAAGGAGGGCUACGCCCGCUGCCUGCAGGAAGCCUUCCAGUUCCUCUCCUUCCACAAGGCACAGACGGACACCCAAAGCAAAUUGCGCAGCCACUUCCAGAAAAGCUCCUCGGCUGCCUCUGAGGGGCUGGCUCCCUCCUUCCCUGCUCCUGCUCCUGGGAAGCAGCCCGUCCUCAAAGGCCCUCCCAGUCCCCUGUGGCGCCCCUGGUAGAUGGACUCAUGUCAGCCAGCUUGAGGUUUUCACUCCAGAGGAAGAUGGCUGCUGCAGAACCUCCUCUUUUCAGUAGGGAAUAUUAGUUCCCCCUUAAUUUAUGUGUGAAGAGAAUGGAACACUCGAACUCUUGGCAGUGGACAGAGCCCUGGACUGGGAGUCAGCAGGCCUGGACUCCAAACUCCAUUUCUGCCACUUACUGUGUGAUCUUGGGCCAGCCACUUCCCUUCACCUCUGAGGUAGCUUCCAGUUUGAAAGGAAAGGAGUCCAGUAUUCUGUUGAGAGUGUGGGACUGUACAUAGAUAUGUCUUCAUAAUGAAGGAGCCCUUAAUGGGUGGGAAGGGGCAGG